GGGUUCCAUGACCUGCAUGGGUCUCUUAUGGGUCCCUUAUUGGGGCUCUCGGCGUUGGCGACCAUCACCUAAUCCCCAAAUGCCACAAGCUUGCCAGACUUGCCUGACGGCCAAAACUGCGUCCCUGGUUCUGUCGGACACGGCCAGAACGGUCAAGAUGAUGGCAUGCGUGUCUGGCUAGCAGUCUUGCUGUCCUCCUGUCACUCACCAUCGCAUUUCCAUCCCCAGCUUCACACAUCACACUCUGCUCCCCCGCUACUUCCUGCUUUGCUUUCUGGCUUCUCACUCGUGCCGGCACUCCUUGACAGCUUUUGACUUUUGGGCCGAUCCUUCACAUAUUCAAAGCUCUCAUUCACUUUCUCUCUCUCGUUCCUCACUCCUCUCAUCUACCUCACCUCUCUUGUUCAAUCCUCCCUCUAACAUCGUUGCUCAGAUUUCCCAUUAAAUUCAGCAACCAUCUCCAAAAUCCUCCCGCAUCCUACCUACACUCUCACCACUGCGUCCUCUACACUCCCCACCGCAGAAAUGGCUUCCAAAGCUAUCCCCUCGCACCUUCGCCCCAGCGCAGCCGCAAAUGGCAGCAAUGGCCCAGCUCCUGCUGGUGAAAAGAGACACCACGGAAAGAGUCAAUCCCAUGUGGUAAGUUCCAUAUUCCAAAGUUCUUCCAGAUCGACGCCCACUUCUCAAAAUGGCAUCACAAGUUCACUAUUGAAAAUGUGCCAAUGCCCGCCCUGCACGGACCUACAUUGCCACAUCAUUAGACUUCUGGUCUGGCCCGCGAGACACCGAUCUCUGAUGCAAGAGUAUGCAUUUUUGCAUCGAUCUCAUGUUCCAAGUUGGAGAUGAUAUAGUCAAGACCCCGCGGGUCGUGGACUCAUCGUCUUACUACUUGUAGCAACAAGGAGCACCAGGUCGUGAGACAGUCUCAUCUGUGUCAACCGCGACAUUCCACUCUGUUUUGAUACCCCUUCCUCACUUCCACCAUGCCUCUACUCGAGGUUCCCCCCUUUGAACUUCGCAGACAACAUUCGGCCUCCAAACUGCGGGCCCAGUUUCAAAGACCUUCGCUGAUGAGAUCUCCUACUAUGCAGGCAUUUGAAAACACCUCGACCAAUGUUGCCGCCAGCCAGAUGCGGAAUGCCCUCAACAGCCUUGCCGAUACCGUCACCGACCCUGCAGAGAAGAAGCGUUUCGAGGCCGAAAUGGACAACUUCUUCUCCCUCUUCAGAAGAUAUCUCAACGACCGAGCCAAGGGCAACACCAUUGACUGGGCCAAAAUCAACCCCCCAAACCCAGACCAGGUUGUCAACUAUGACAGCCUGCCUAACAGUGACGCUGUUGAGUUUCUGAACAAACUCGCUGUUGUCAAACUCAACGGUGGUCUCGGUACUUCGAUGGGUUGUGUCGGUCCCAAGUCCGUCAUUGAAGUCAGAGACGGCAUGUCCUUCCUCGAUCUCUCUGUCCGACAGAUUGAGUACCUCAACCGCACCUAUGAUGUCAAUGUCCCCUUUGUCCUCAUGAACAGUUUCAACACAGACGAAGAUACCGCGGCCAUUAUCAAGAAAUACGAGGGCCACAACAUCGACAUCAUGACCUUCAACCAAUCCAGAUAUCCUCGUGUCCUCAAGGAUUCUCUCCUGCCUGCGCCCAAGUCCUCGGACUCCCAAUUGUCCGACUGGUACCCUCCCGGCCACGGUGACGUGUUUGAAUCUCUCUACAACAGUGGCAUCCUGGAUAAGCUCCUGGACCGGGGCAUCGAAAUCAUCUUUUUGUCCAACGCUGACAAUCUCGGCGCCGUUGUCGACCUGCGCAUUCUCCAACACAUGGUCGAGAGCAAGGCCGAGUACAUUAUGGAGUUGACCGACAAGACAAAGGCUGACGUCAAGGGUGGUACUAUCAUUGACUACGAAGGUCGCGCACGGCUGUUGGAAAUCGCCCAAGUGCCCAAACAGUACGUCAACGAGUUCAAGUCGAUCAAGAAGUUCAAGUACUUCAACACCAACAACAUCUGGAUGAACCUCCGAGCCAUCAAGCGUGUGGUGGAAGCCAACGAGCUCGAGAUGGAAAUCAUUCCCAACGACAAAGCAAUCCCCGCCGACAAGAAGGGUGAAGCUGAUAUCAGCAUUGUUCAACUCGAGACUGCUGUGGGUGCCGCCAUCAAGCAUUUCAAGAAUGCUCACGGCGUCAACGUUCCACGAAGACGUUUCUUGCCCGUCAAGACCUGCUCUGAUCUCAUGCUGGUCAAGUCCAACCUCUACACUCUCAGCCACGGUCAACUGGUCAUUGAUCCCAACCGAUUCGGUCCUGCGCCUUUGAUCAAGCUUGGUAGUGACUUCAAAAAGGUGGCUCAAUUCCAAAAGAGAAUUGGUACUAUUCCCAACAUUGUCGAACUGGACCAUUUGACCGUCACUGGUGAUGUCAACUUUGGUCGUGGAAUCGUCCUCAAGGGCACUGUUAUCAUCGUCGCCACAGAGAACAGUACUAUCGACAUCCCCCCUGGAUCUAUCCUCGAAAAUGUAGUUGUACAGGGCAGCUUGAGAUUGCUUGAGCAUUAGAGUGUCAAUUAUGAUACAGUCCACCGCGGUGUUAUUUUCCAAACCGGCCAUGAGCGAACUGGUCGUAGGGAAGGUUUAAUCUUCUCCUAGGUUAAUCAACACAUUGUGUUGUUAUUAGGUAAUUUUCUCAUCAAUGCAAACAAGUAUGAGCAUUUUGGUGCAUUUCAGUAGUCAACAAGUGACACAGAGAGAUGAUU